CGUUAGUGUCAGAUUUCUUGUAACAGUUUGCAGCAUCUAUGUAAUUCGUUGCUGCCUCAUGUCGAGCCCCACUUCUCAGGUGUAGAUUAGCAGCUUCACAAAAGGCACUCCCUGCUGAUGGCCAAUUUUUUGCCAUUUUAAACAAAUUCGCUGCACGUUGGUAACAUUCCACUGCAUCAUCUACUCGACUGGAACCCCUAAGGAGUUUCAAAAGCCUGGUUUAUACAGGAGAUAGAAUAAAAUAACAGGAAAUAAGAAAAAUAAAGGAAAAUUAACACAGGUUUUUUGGGCAGGACAUCUUGACAAAAUAAAGUUGUGGCGACCCACUUGGCACUUACCCGAAUAGGGAUCCAAAAAAUCCUCUAGGCCCAAGUUUCUUUUCAGCUUCGGCAAUUAAUUGCUGAGCUUUUUGCUCAUUUGCAUUUGUUGUCAUUAUCACCAAGUUUCUUAUAAAAAUUUGUUUUUCCAACAAAGCGUAUUACCUUAUUGUAAUAACUAAUAAUUAUUGUAUUGAUAAAUUAAUAUCAUAAGAGGCCUGCAGUUGGCGCAUGUGACUUGUCAUGUCAGAAGUCAUGAGCGUGACAGAGAGUCAGUUUUCAUUUAGCAUUUAACUUUUCAGUGUUCUAAAAUUCAAACAAAUUUCAAUAUUUUUGAGUUAAAAGAGCCAGAGAUGCACUUUUGUCAGUUAAAAUAUAACGAUUGAACCAUUGAACCCAAAAGGUAUUAUAAUCACAGUUCCAAUGUUACAACAAAUUGUGGUCGAAAGGGUAAUUCGAACGGAAUACAAAAACUGCGCUAAGGUAACUGCACUGAGUGCAACAAAUGAAAUCCCUAUGCAAAAAGAACCAUAAAAGAUAAAACCGCCGAAACCCGAAACUACAAAAAAAUCAAGAAUCAAGGACGAAGACGGUUAACCGUUAACUCGUAAAAGCUGUCAGCUGUUUUUAAAAGGACGGGCCACCGCCCACGGGUCGGGAUAGUUUUUUAAAUCCGAAUCCGCCCAAACCCAAAAUGUUCUCGACCAAUAGACACAACAAGAAGCUAUUUAAUCAUGAUAAUUAAUUUAAUGAGGUGGAUGGGAACAUGAGAAGAUAGGAAGAUGUCCCCUUUCGCACUUGCGCAGUCGUUAAGCCAAUAAAUCCUAGUAUCUUUAGAUAUUUGAUGCCUUUUGUUAAUAUUCAACAUGAUCAGCAAAAAUUAUUAUCAUUACAUUAUUCAUUUCAGUCUUUAUUAAAUCAACCAGUUAAUUUCAAUGCAAAAUACAAACCGCAAUUUGCUUAUAGUUUAGUGAGCCCUAAGAAGCUUCUCAAUUUCACACACACAAAUACCCACGAAAUUGUGAAUGGUGAUGCGUUGGGUUUGGUCAGUAUUUAUUCAUUAUGUCUAAAAAUAAAUUGAAUCUCACCUUACCCCCUGGUGCAAUUGACCAAACUCCUAAUUUAACGCCUACAACUACUAAUUAUGAAGAACCAAGUCACCCUCCACAACCACCACCUACUGUUGUACGAAAUGACAUAGAUCACAUUACAGCACGUUUAGAAGAACUUGAUAUGGAUGAUAUCCAAAGAAGACGAAUAGAAGUGUUUCUUUGUCAAAAACAAAAAAUAUCAGGCGAUUUAUCUGAUGAUGACUUCGAAAAACUUGGUGAACUUGGUUCUGGAAAUGGGGGCGUUGUCAACAAAGUGCGGCACAAAUCCAGUGGCCUUAUUAUGGCUAGAAAGCUUAUACAUCUUGAAGUUAAGCCAGCAAUUAAAAAGCAAAUUAUUAGAGAGCUCAAAAUUCUUCACGAUUGUAACUUUGCCCAUAUUGUUGGUUUUUAUGGUGCUUUUUAUAGUGAUGGGGAAAUUAGUAUUUGCAUUGAAUAUAUGGAUGCAGGAUCACUUGAUCUCAUUUUAAAAAAAGCUGGAAGGAUUCCCGAAAAUAUUCUUGGCAAAAUAACAUCAGCAGUGCUUAAAGGCUUGAGCUAUUUGCGAGAUAAACAUGCCAUCAUGCAUAGGGAUGUGAAGCCGAGUAAUAUAUUGGUUAAUAGUAGCGGCGAAAUUAAAAUUUGUGAUUUUGGAGUAUCUGGUCAAUUGAUUGACUCUAUGGCUAAUUCAUUUGUUGGUACAAGAAGCUAUAUGUCUCCUGAACGUUUACAAGGUACCCAUUAUUCAGUCCAAAGCGAUAUCUAUUCAUUAGGACUUUCUCUUGUGGAAAUGGCAAUUGGCAUGUAUCCUAUACCUCCUCCAGAUGCAAGAACCUUGGCUGCUAUAUUUGGUAGAGGCAAAGAUAGUGAUUCGCCAGAUAGCCCCAAGGUACCUAGGCCAAUGGCAAUAUUUGAAUUGUUGGAUUAUAUUGUGAAUGAGCCUCCACCUAAACUUCCAUCUGGAAUAUUUUCUCAGGAGUUUGAAGAUUUUGUGGAUAGGUGUUUACGAAAGAAUCCAGAUGAAAGGGCGGAUUUGAAAACUUUAAUGAAUCAUCCAUGGAUUAAAAAAUGGGAUUCAGAGGAUGUCAAUGUAGCAGAAUGGAUAUGUCAAACAAUGGAUAUAACACCGCCAAAUAGGCCUUAGCUGGAAAUUUUUUUUUUCACCCAUAGCUAGAAUUACAAAUUUAUCAUAAUGUAAAAGGUGAGUAUUUUCAAUUUCUUCCAAAAUUCAAAUGUGCUUAGUUGAAAAAAAUAUUUUAUUUCAUUAUUAUUAUGAUCAUUGAAUGUGGAGGAUGCGAAAAUCCUCGCAAAAAGCACAUUUUAAAUUUAAACCUAUUUAUUUGUACUUAUUAUUAUUUUGCUUUUGCUAUAAUGGAUGCGCUUUUUUUCUAUUCCCAAGUGUUCAAUUAGAGAACAAUAUUUAUAUUCAAAUCAAUAGAAAACUCAUGCUGUGCCGAGCGGGUCGAUCAAAUAUCAUAGCACGGGACUUUUUUUAUUGAGACUGUCAGUUUUGAAACAAUAUGGUAGGUGGCCCAUCGAAAACAGUCCUGCAAGGUUUACGACUUUCUUCGUGAAAAUUUUUAAAAAAAACCUUCAGACCUGUGAAUUUUUGUUAGGUGAUACAUCUUUUUAAAGUGCAUUAAAUUCUCUUUAAAAUGCCACUUCGUUUUUUAAAUUUGAGGUACGCGCCGUCGAGAAAUUGCGUUUUAAAAAAUGUAAUUUUAUUGAGCAGUACUGCAAAUGUUAUCUUAUUAAAUGAUGAAAAUGUCCGCCAUUGACCUCCGUACAAUAGUACAACAACUACUGUUCAGAGUAUUCUCGGACGUUGUGAAGAACAUGUAAUUUGUUGGCAUUCAUUAGUGAUGCGGUUCCGUAAAUCUUGUAAGAUCUUCUAAUCUUCUAAUUUUCUAAAACGCAAUUUCUCGACAGGGCGUAGCUCAAAUUUAAAAAACGAAGCGGCGUUUUAAAGAAAAUUAGAUGCCUCUAAAAAGAUGUACCUAUCACAACAUACUUCUUCCUAUUCGAAAAAAUAAGAGCAGUAGCCGCCCCCGCUAGGGGGUUGAGGUUACAGGGAUGAAAUUAAUAGUGAAACGUGUUCCCCUGAAAACAAAAAUUUACGGGUCCGAGGGUUUUUUUUUAAUUUAUAAUUUCUAGCAUGUCCGUAAGUUCAUAAUUUAAGGAUAUGUGUUCCGGUUUGAUCGGAAGUGCCAUCAACUUCUUUAUUUCAAAUGGAUUACCUGCUAUAUUAGUGAAUUUUUGGAUUCUACGAGAAAUUCUACGCAUAGUUCAUGUACAAUAUCCUAUUCCUAACUUUAAUAGUUAUCGAGAAAAUCGCGAUUAAAAAUCUGAAAGUAUAAUUUUUAUUUUAGUUUUGAGUGUUUGGACAGAAAACAUAGACCUACCCCAAAAAAAAAAAUUACUUCUGGUUCAAUUCUCCUACUGCUUUUGAGGUUAUGUUACUGCAAUUUUUAUGGAACGUACCCCAUACUAGUAACUGAAAAUUUGUAUUUUACUAUUUUACGAAAAAUUUUGAAUAGUUUUGUAUAGACUUUCCUAUACCUAAAGUGUACGUUAUCAAUUUUUGUUGGUUUAGACAUGAAAUAUCUCAAAAUUAGUUAAUUUUAGGUCUGGCAUAGAAAAGUGUACACCAUGAAGAUUUAAAAUUAUUUGUAGAGUACGAAUUUUCAGUUAAUGGGUACCAAUUAGUACAGUAACAUAAUCUGAAAAGUAGAUCGUAACUUUCAAUUGGACCGGAAGUGAAAUUUUUGUGGUAGGACUCUUUAGUGCUUUUGAAAGAAUUUGAAAAUAUUAUAUUAGUUUGAACCUACCUUCAAUUGUUUUCUGUCAGUACUAAAAUUAAUUUCGCGAUUUUCUCGAAAACUGUUAAAGAUAGUUCGUGGUCACCCGGUAUAUCAACACGAUGGACGACAAUUUCAGAUUCAGUUCAUGAUCACUCACAACAUAUUUAUUUUACCUUUACUGUGUAAAUAGGAUUUCAUAGAAAAAUAGUUAUGAAUUUUUGAAUCACGGACACCUGAUAGCAUUUGUGUGGUAUUUAUAGCUCUUCUCCAACACAGCAGAAAACCGUACAAUUUACCGUCACGAUUUUGCGCAAAACCUAAAAUUUGUGCCUAGAGUUCGAAAUUCGCAUACAGUGUGGUUUCGAAACCGUUCAUAAGACGGUUUUCGACGUGUUGGAACAGACCUAAAAACUACCUUUCAUUAUGUAUUAUGUUUUUCCGGAUAAUAAUUUCCUUAGCUUAAAUUUUCUAUAUUUCACUGAUCUCUAAAUUGUCUAUCUGAAAUAUUGAAAAAUGUUUAAUGCUGUUCCAAAUUUAGGAAAGUAGGUAUUGUGUGGCAAGCAAAAACUGAACCGAGGAAAAUAUGUGAAUAUAUCUGUCACUUUCUAUUCCAUUGCUCUGUGUAUUCCUAAAUCGUUUUUACUUGUCCCUUCGCCUCAGACGAGAAAUAUUUUCUCUCAGUGGUUAACCUAUUCAAUAAUAGGUAUAGGUCCUACUUAUAAAAUAAUUUCAGUUUCACGUACAUUGAAUGAUUUUCUUCAAUAUUGCGAUGUAGUAUUCUUUUAAUUCGAACACACUUAUCUUAUUAUAUUACUAUCAACCUAUCACAUUAAAUUAUUUGAAACUUUUUUUUUACUGUCCAAAUGCUUGAAAUGUUUCUCGAUGCUCAUUCAGACGAUUCUGAUCAGAAAACCUGACCUCUCAUAUAUUCCAAAGAUGUAACAAAAACAGAGCAUAUUUUACGCUCUAGAAAAACGUAGACAUUAUCAUACAAUCUAAAAAACAGUGCUUAAAUGUAAAAAAAACUUGUAAAUCUGUUAAUGAAAACUUUUUCUUUCCAUUAGAGUAGGUGAUUAAAAUGUAAUGGAGAAAACACUUGCAGUGAAAUCACAUUAGUUUGUAGGUACAUAAAAAAGCACCUUACCAUAUUAAAUGAAUUCGCCGUUUUGCUCAUAGUUUGUAGGUAGAUAAAAAAGCACUAUAUUAAUUGAAUUCGCCGUUUUGCUCCUGGUUUGCACCUUUAUUCAAAAAGGUGUAUUAGAAGAAUAUUAGGAAAUUUAGGAAAUAUUUAAUAAUUUUAGCUUUACAUUGCCCGUUUAUAAAAAAAUGUUAGUGUAUCGCACGACGCACGAUAGAAGUGUAAACUUGCUUAUUAAAAUUCGUCCUCUCCGAAAGCGUUAAAUGUGUUGAACGUCUGACUUCGUAUAAGAAGUUUACACUUCAAUAAUAGAGUAUGAAUGAAAUAUAGCUCAAGGGCGUAACAAUUUCCAUGUAUGGCUAUCUAAAACACUUUCCUGAAUAUACACUCUAUUAUGCCUCACCAAGUGCGUUCUUUGAAUUGGAGCUCUAGGGUUUGUGUGUCACUAAGUAAGUACUACAAACUAACUUAGAAUCAGAAACAUAGUCUUCUGACUGUAGCCAUAAAGAUUUACUUAAUGUAUAAGGCGUUUCAAAACUAAGAUAACAAAUUUGGCAGUUUCUGAAUUAGUAUGAUCUAAAGAUUAACCAAGACACAAAAAAAUCUAAAAAUCACCGGAAUCCUUUGCCGUGUGCCUACACCUGGUAAGGCAUGAUAGAAGUAUAUAAUGGAUGUACAGGGUGUCCUUAGAGAAACUGACACAUUUUGCAGAUAAAUAUCUCUCGAAAACGAGAAAAGAUAACGAGAUGCGGUUUGUUUUGGCAGAAUAAGGAUUUUUCAAAGUUUUUUUUCAUGGUAUUGACAAAUCCUGAAAUUUGGUUUUACAGACAUUCGAUUUUUUCAAAUAAUUACAUACUGCCUUAUUCUUGAUGAAACACCCUGUAUAUUUUGUCAUCGUCAGAAAGCGUGACUUUUCUACUUUACAAAAAUGUAUAAUUUUUUUCAACUAUCUCGAAAAUGGUUCGUAAAAAUUGCACUUUGUUGAAGAGGGUACCAUCGACUGGCCAAAAAAAAAUAAUAAUAAUUAAUUUGUGUUUCAUAUGCACUUGCAUUAUUAAUUUAUUUGUGUUUAAUACUUGUAUUAUUAGUUAACUAUGCGCUAAUUAGUUAAUAAUAGUAUAUAAUGACUUUCUCUACCGAGGAAUAUAUAGAAUUUUUUUUACUACUGCUAGUAGAAAAUAGAAAAUUAGUAUAUGUGCUCAAAUAAUUUUUUUUGAACGCCUUCUUGAGAGUGCUGCCCUCUAUCAACAGCUUAUGGAAACUUGCUAUGUAUCUACAGAAACCUGUUUUUUUUUUUAAAUUGACGUAUGAAAUUAAAAUUAAACCAAUAGAAACAUGACAAUAUCCUUGCAUCAUGACGUCAUUUUCAUUAUUGACCUAGGUAUUUUUUCAUUAUUUUCAUUAUUAACCUAGGGAGAGAAAUUCAAUUUUUUCCUAGAAAAAUAGAUUGAAUAAUGACUAUUUCUCAGGUUAGUAGUAAAAAAAAGUAUUAAACACAACUUAAUUAUCAAUUUUUUUUUUGUUUGUUGAUGGUAUUCUCUUCGACAAAGUGCAAUGUUCACAAUGAAAGUUCAAGAUAAUUUAAAAAAAUGAUACAUUUUUGUAAAGUAGAAAAAUCAGGCUUGCUGACAAUGACAAAAUAUACAGGGUGUUUCGUUAAAAAUAAGGCAGUCAUUUUAUUUCAAAAAAUUGCAUGUCUGUGAAACCAAAUUUCAGCAAAUUUUAGGAUUCGGCAAUAAUGUGAUUUUUUUUUUUAAAAAAUCCUUAUUCUCCCAGAACAAACCGCAUCUCGUUAUCUUUUCCCGUUUUCGAGAUAUUUACCUGAAAAAUGUGUCAGUUUUUCUAAGGACACCCUGUAUAUCACAUCAUUCUUAAUGAAAUAUGUCACUGAGCUAAUACGUGAUAACUUUUUGAAAUUGACUAGAAUUAAUACUGUUGGUUGUGAAUAAUAUUACACAGAAACGCCCUUAUAGUUUGUUUAAAUUAUUCUAAUUUUAAGCAUAUUUAUACGUAGCUUUUUUUUGUGAUAGGUAAUUUAUAUUCUGGAGAUAAUAUAUGUAGUAGUAUAAAGAUAUAUGUAUAAAUCAAGCAAAAUAAACUAUUUAAUCGUAAACCUUA